GUGACUAAUUCCGUGGAAUCUACGUCUUGAGUGAGCGUAAGUGUUAUCGAAAAUCAAACUUCAUCUGAGUCGAAAUGGCCCGUACUAAGCAAACUGCCCGCAAGUCGACUGGAGGAAAGGCGCCCCGUAAGCAGCUGGCCACGAAGGCUGCCCGCAAGAGCGCACCGGCUACCGGCGGUGUGAAGAAGCCGCAUCGCUACCGCCCGGGUACGGUGGCUCUUCGUGAAAUACGUCGGUAUCAGAAGUCGACCGAGCUGCUGAUUCGCAAGCUGCCAUUCCAGCGUCUGGUGCGUGAGAUCGCUCAGGACUUCAAGACCGAUCUCCGCUUCCAGAGCUCCGCCGUGAUGGCACUGCAGGAAGCUAGCGAGGCGUACCUCGUCGGCCUGUUUGAGGACACCAACCUUUGCGCCAUCCAUGCGAAGCGAGUGACGAUCAUGCCCAAGGACAUACAGCUGGCUCGCCGUAUCCGUGGCGAACGUGCUUAAGCAGUUUUGCUGAACAACAGCUCACUCAUCAACAAACGGCCCUUUUCAGGGCCAC